AUGACCGACCGAACGACCAUCGCCAUCAUCGGCGCCUCCUUCACGGGCAUCCCCAUCGCCCACGCCCUCCUCGCCCACUUCCACAAGCCCUCCACGCCACAAAACAUCAAGCUCAUCCUCAUCAACCCAUCUCCCCACUUCUACUGGGCCAUCGCCGCUCCCCGCAUCCUCACCAAACCCAAUGCCUUUCCCGAAUCACAAUACCUCGUCCCCAUCGCCGACGGCUUCUCCGCCUACUCCUCCGACGAAUUCGAAUUCCUCCUCGGAAAAGCCACUGCCGUCGACUUUGCCUCUAAAACCGUGACCGUCGAAUCCACCACCACCACCACCACCACCCAGGACAUCAAAUACAACUACCUCGUCAUCGCCUCCGGCAGCUCCACCCCCGCUACCCUCGGCCUCACCUCAAACCCCAAUCCCAAUCCCUCCCCCUCCUCCUCCACCUCUCUACAGAAUAAAAUCUACCCCUUCAAACCCCCCCUCACCCCCCACCUAACCAUCCAAUCCGCCCUCCAAACCGCCCAAGAAACCAUCGCCCACGCAUCCACCAUCGUCAUCGCCGGCGCCGGACCCAUCGGCAUCGAAACCGCCGGCGAACUAGGCGACCUACUCACCAAAAGCCCCUCCCGGAAUCUAUCCGUGACGUUGGUCUCCGCAACAGAUCGUCUCCUUCCGGCCUUGAAACCGGCCGCCGGUGCAGCCGCGGAAUCACUACUCGUUUCUCUGGGGGUCAAGAUCAUUAAGGGACGGAAGGUCGUGUCUGUUACCUCUACCUCUACCCCAAGCACCCCGAACUCCAAUAUCAAAUCCCCCACCACAACAAUAACCCUAGACAACGGAGAUACCCUCGAAACCAACAUCUACAUCCCCACGACCGGCGUCCUUCCUAACUCAUCUUACCUGCCACCAUCCAUUCUCAAUGAAAGAGGUUGGAUAACUGUAUCCCCCGAAUUACAAGUCCUCGGUCUGGAGGGCCAAGGCGUCUACGCGGCGGGGGAUAUCACACACCAUACACAGAAACUUUACAUGAAGGUUACGGAGAUGGUUCCCGUCGUGGUGGGCAAUUUGAUUGAUGAUAUUUCUACCUCUGCCUCUACAUCCUCCACUCAUGGUGGUGGUGGUGGUGGUGGUGGUGGUAGGGGGAAUGGAUACUGCGGGGCUACGAAACGGAAGACGUAUACGGAGGGGCCAGAUGUGAGUAUGAUGGUUGUGCCUGUGGGAGAGACAGGGGGGACGGGCCAGAUGUUUGGAUGGGUGCCGUGGAGUUUUUUGGUCAGGGUCGCUAAGGGGAGGGAUUUUUUUAUUGGGAAGGCGAGGGGGGUGGUUUUUCCUUAG